AUGGGUCUGCCGCCAGACGAUGUUCCGGUCAAAAAUACUGAUGACACGAAAAACAUCUCCCGCUUCAGUAAUGUUUCAAGGGUGGCUCGUAGACGUGAAGUACGACUGCGGAGUGUGUUUUAUAACCUAGAAGCUGUCAAAAACACUCGGCGAGCCACCAAUGGGAGAGCUGGCACUACAUCGAUCCGACUCGCAGUCCCCGCCAACCCGACGAAUUUUAUCGCCCUCUUCUUUGAGAAAACGACUGAUUCCCGUCGUCUGGAUUACACGGGUCUGAAGUUCGCGUAUGGAGACGGUUCUGAUGAUGAAGGAUCCUCGCUGACUACGGAACUGCCGUCGUGUGUAUACGCUGCAGCCAGAAGCCGCCUACAGCUACCUUUAGCUGCAUACGUCCAUCAGCACUCGAGGCAAUUGCACUCAGAUGUGUUGUUGGACACGUCAACGGAGCCGGAGUACCAGUGCGGGGGCUCACCGUACCGGGUGCAGCGCGCCGCCGCUAACGUCCGCGAGCGCCGACGGAUGCUGAGGUCCGGACCCAAUGGCAGUAUAAACUCGGCGUUCGAUGAACUGCGAGUACACGUGCCAACGUUCCCGUAUGAGAAGCGACUCAGCAAGAUUGACACGCUUCGACUGGCCAUCGCAUACAUUGCGUUGCUCAGAGAGGUAUUGGAAGCUGAUUAUGACCCGCUGACAUAUGUCGAAAAGUGUCUCCGUGGUGAGAUAAAAGCUGACAGAGCUCAUUGGAAUACUAGCGAUCUAACUGCGAGACUAUCGUGGAUCAACUGGGAGAAUCUCGGCGUGAAUCCUCAGCGACGCAGCGUACUCACAUCGCUUGCUCUCAGUUCAGAUAAUCUACAGUAUGGACAUAACUAA